AUGGCAGAUUUCUUUGGAGCCCCUCAAACUUCUACUAGACGAAGGAAUAACCAGGCUACCGUUCGAGAAGACGAACAAAUCUUGACACCUGUUCAAGAUUUAGUUCAGCCAUCUAGGCAAAGACCCGGUGAAAGAAAUCAAGUGAUAGAUUUAGAAAAUCAGAACCGAAGGACCAAUACUGGUCAACAUGAAGUUCUCGAAGAACAGCCUAGGGUAGUCGUAGUUAAUAGGGACCAACAUCAAGAUGAAGUAUUGCAGAGGGUUAGGAGAGACAAUAUGGCGACAGAAAAUAACCUAACCACCCUGAUAGAAAGAAAUAUGGCCAAUAAUGGCCUUAAUACUGGACUUCAACGUCCAAAUUACACUUCCUAUGUAGCGGAGUAUAUUCUGCAGACUGAACUACCAAGGGGUACCAAAGUACCCAAAUUUACAAAAUUUUCAAGGGAUACUAGUGAAUCAGUUGUAGAACACAUAGCCCAAUAUUUGACAGAGGCUGGUGAUUUAGCAGGAAACGAGAAUUUGAGAAUUAAAUAUUUCCCUAGUUCGUUAACAAAAAAUGCAUUUACGUGGUUCACCACUUUACCUCCAAAUUCCAUAGACACUUGGGCACACUUGGAGAGGAUGUUCCAUGAACAAUUCUACAUGGGACAAGAUGCUUCACAGUUGAAUACUUGA